GACAGAGGAGGAGGAUGAAAUCGCAGUGGGGAUGGAUAAAGGCUUCAUGGACGAAUUCUUCGAACAGGUAGAAGAGAUCCGAGGUUUUAUCGAGUCUCUGGCAGAGAAAGUUGAAGAGGUGAAGAGGAAGCACAGCGCCAUCCUCGCCUCGCCGAACCCAGAUGAGAAGACUAAAGCUGAGCUUGAGGAUCUAAUGGCAGACAUCAAGAAACUGGCCAACAAAAUACGGUCUAAAUUAAAGAGUGUCCAGCAAACCAUUGAGCAGGAAGAGAGUCAGAACCGGUCCUCAGCUGACCUGAGGAUACGUAAAACACAGCACUCCACACUGUCUCGCAAGUUUGUGGAGGUGAUGUCAGAAUACAACGCCACCCAGUCGGACUACAGAGAGCGCUGCAAAGGACGCAUUCAGAGGCAGCUGGAGAUCACCGGCAGAAAUACAACAAACGAGGAGUUGGAGAGCAUGUUGGAGAGCGACAACCCAGCUAUCUUUACCUCGGGGAUAAUAAUGGACAACAUCACCCAGCAGGCCAUGAAUGAGAUUGAGACGCGGCACAAUGAGAUCAUCAAGCUGGAGAACAGCAUCAGAGAACUUCACGGCAUGUUCAUGGACAUGGCCAUGCUGGUGGAGAGCCAGGGGGAGAUGAUAGACCGCAUAGAGUACAACGUGGAGCACUCGGUAGACUAUGUGGAGAGGGCGGUUUCAGACACUAAGAAGGCGGUUAAAUACCAGAAUAAAGCUCAGAGGAAGUUGCUCCUGGUAGGAGGUUGUGUCUCAGUCCUUCUGACCGUCCUGAUAAUUUCCCUCGCAGUGGGACUCAGUUAG